CGCAAAAGCUCAGAGAGAACAUCACAGAGAAUAACAAGAAGAAGUCGAAACUUGGAAUUGGAAACUCAAAUCUCCAUCUCUCAUAUUCCUCUGAAACCCUAAACAGCCCGAUUUAAUCUCGGAUCGUCUGAAGCAGUUCCGAUUCCACAACACAAUCAAAAUGGCUUACGCGUCUCGUAUCAUCUCUCAUUCCAACAAGCUGAAACAUGUUUCCACUUUACUGCGGCGUGAACAUUCCGUGGCAGUACGCGGAUUCUCCAACACUACGCACCCCUCUCUCACUGCAAGAGAAGAUAUGCUCAAGACUCGACCGUCUUAUUCCCCCGUAGAGAGGAUUUCGAAAUGCAAUGUACCAAUGCCUAGUGGUAUUUCAGCAAUGAGCACAAAGGCAAUGACAGGGCCAUCUUUUUUAAGAGAUUAUAUGAGGUACUUACUCUUCUCAAUUCGUUUGCUAAAAAUAUCUAAAUAUGUUUCAGAUCUUCCUCCUCAUCAAGAGAUCGGAAUGCCUUCUCUUUCGCCAACAAUGACUGAGGCAUGGAGCUCCCACUACUUUUUUUCUCGAGGUAACAUUGCCAGAUGGCUGAAGAAAGAAGGUGAUAAAGUCGCUCCUGGUGAAGUGCUUUGUGAAGUUGAAACUGACAAAGCAACCGUCGAAAUGGAAUGCAUGGAAGAGGGUUAUCUCGCCAAGAUAGUAAAGGAGGAGGGGGCAAAAGAAAUUCAAGUUGGGGAGGUGAUUGCUAUCACAGUGGAAGAGGAAGAAGAUAUUCAGAAGUUUAAAGAUUACACCCCUUCAUCCGGUGCUAGUCCCGCUGCUCCUGAAGAAAAACCAGCUCCUUCCCCACCAAAGGAAGAGAAGGUCGAGAAACCAGCCAGUGCUCCUGAAGCCAAGACUUCCAAGCCAAGCUCUGCUCCUUCAGAAGAUCGUAUUUUUGCUAGUCCUCUUGCAAAAAAGUUGGCUGAAGAUAAUAGUGUGAAUCUCUCAAGCAUCAAAGGCACAGGUCCUGAAGGACGGAUAGUCAAGGCUGAUGUCGAAGAAUUCUUAGCUUCACGUGGUAAAGAAACUACUGCCAAGCCUUCCAAGCCCACCGAUUCCAAGGUUCCAGCUCUGGACUAUGUUGAUAUCCCUCACACUCAGAUACGAAAGGCAAAUACCUAUACAACCUUUAUCUCCUCACGUUUGGCAUUCUCAAAGCAAACUAUUCCUCACUACUACUUGACCGUGGAUACAUGUGUGGACAAAAUGAUGGGUCUUAGGAGUCAACUGAACUCAUUCCAAGAGGCUUCCGGUGGCAAACGCAUAUCUGUAAAUGAUCUCGUUAUUAAGGCUGCUGCAUUGGCUCUACGGAAAGUUCCUCAGUGCAAUAGUUCAUGGACAGACGAAUACAUCCGCCAAUUUAGCAAUGUGAACAUCAAUGUCGCAGUACAAACAGAAAACGGGCUUUACGUUCCAGUUGUCAAGGACGCUGACAAGAAAGGACUGUCUACAAUUGGAGAAGAGGUUCGGUUCUUGGCUCAGAAGGCUAAAGAAAACAGCUUGAAACCUGAAGAUUACGAGGGAGGAACAUUCACAGUUUCCAACCUGGGAGGACCUUUUGGCAUCAAACAAUUCUGUGCCGUCAUCAAUCCACCUCAAGCUGCUAUUCUAGCCAUCGGAUCCGCUGAGAAGAGAGUUGUCCCUGGCAGUGGCCCUGACCAGUUCAACGUCGCUUCUUACAUGUCUGUAACACUUAGCUGUGACCACCGUGUUAUAGAUGGUGCGAUUGGAGCUGAAUGGUUGAAAGCAUUCAAGGGCUACAUCGAGACCCCAGAGUCUAUGUUGCUGUAA